AUGACUCCCAUCUACCAACUCAACCAAUCUCAACAUCCGUUUUGGGAUGUUGUCAAUGGCAAUCUAGAGGAUCAUCCGUUCUUUGCUCCUCGUGGACACCACGGACGUCGUGGUCGUCGUGGAUGGGACAACCCCGAGCAUAAUGACAAGACCACCCAAGGUGCUCAAGCAGGUGAAACUACUGAGCCCAACAACAACAUGGAGAAAGACGAAACAUUAGUAUCGAACUCUGACUCCCCAAACACCCACUACCAUCGCUGUGACCACUGCGGAAAUGGGAGGGGCAAGGGCAAUGUGCGUGGAGGCGUCGGCCACCACGGUCCAGGCCCAUUCCGUGGCAAAGGCGGCAGAGGGAGGCAUGGACAUGGCCCUCACGCUGCGCCCUAUGGUCACCAAAACACCAAGGAGUUCUCAAAGAACUCGGAAGAACCCCAAACAGCCGGUGAGCUCUCGGAUGCCAACGACGUCUCAUUCGCCUCCAAAGAGAACAUCGAGCCCUCGACAUCGGACUCUGACUCUCCCGGCAACCACCGCGGCCACGGCCACGGCGGAAAGUGCAAGAGCAAGGCACAUAGAGGUCCCGGCCACCAUGGACCAGGCCCCUACCGUGGCAAGAGCGGCAAGGGAAAACAAGGCCAUGGCCGCCAUGCUGGACCUUACGACUUUCACAGUUACGGCCAUGACCACCACCACACGGGCGGUGCCUUUGGGGGCCCUGGGCGCGAUGAAAACGACAGGCAUCUAUAUGGACACGGACAUGGACAUCGUCCCUACGCCGGUCCAUACGGCUUCCCCGGUCAUCACCCCAGCCCCGGUCCCUUCGGUUUUGGGCCCCUUGGACAGGGUCGCUAUCAUAAGGGUGGUCCCGGUGGCCACGGUAGACAUCAUGGUGGACCUCCUUUCGACGGUCCGUUCGAUUUCCUACGCCAGCUCGGUGCAGGACUUGGUUUCCCGAUGAACGGGCCUACCACAGAGGGCGUCGACUUCAUCCCCUCCGUUGACGUCUUCGACACCCAUGCCAAAUACAUUGUGCAUGUCUCACUUCCCGGAGCCAAGAAGAGCGAUCUCAGCAUUGACUAUGAUGCUGGUGAGUCUGUUCUGCAUGUGGCGGGUGUCGUGUAUCGCCCCGGUGUCAAUGAGAAUCUGCACCACGCCCUUGUUAUGGACGAGCGAGGUCCACAGGUUGGUGUCUUUGAGCGUGAGGUCCGUCUUGGGAGUCGCGCCGCCCCGGCUUUUGUUAUUGUGAACGACAUCUCGGCAAAGCUGGAGGAUGGUGUCCUGAAUGUUACUUUGCCGAAAAUUAUUCAGGAUGCUGAGGUUGGGAAGAAGAAGGUUUUCCUGGCAGAUGGUGAUGUAGAAAGUGAGAAAGGCGCGCCGGUUGUGGAUGGAAGGACUCUCACUCCGGUGGAGUCUGAAGAAAGUGACGUUGAGGAUGGUGAGGCGAGAGAGUAUGUCAAGGUUCAUGUGCAGUAA